AUGGCGGUGCUAGAUGUCAAAUUCACGAAGGAACAGAGGAAACGUCUUCAUCGUUACGUGGUGCUCGCGGUCUCCACUAGCCUUGUUAUCGGGCUCGUCCUCUUCGUCCUGGCACUGUUCGUUUUGUUCGUGAUCACGACCAAAUUGCGAUUCGACGAGUGGAGGUUGUUCCAGCUGGUUUUCAAGACCCUCGCGUUGUACGGCUUUUACGUGUUCCUUCACAAUCUGCUCGGCGUGAGGCUGUGUUAUAAUUACUUCCACUAUGCCGAAGGACCGUGGAUGAACCUGAGGCUCUUCGUGUGGACUCUGGUAGGCUUGCUCGUGGUUCUCGCGGGCUGCUUCGUGGCCAGCAGCUGCUUCUCCACUGCGGAUCUCCUCACGCUUCAGAUUCGCCAGAUUCUUCUCGAAGGUAUGAAGAAGUACUUCACGGACAUGUCAUGGAAGCGUCGGAUAGACAACCUGCAGAUGGGGCUGCAGUGCUGCGGUAUAGACUCCUCCGAAGAUUGGCACAAGACGUAUUGGGUGCAACGGGAGUUUCUUGUGCUCGACUCGCCGGAUAUCUUGAGGUACGCGAAGUUGGACGGUCGCGUGACGCCGCCGGUGGUGCCGUGGAGUUGCUGCCGAAUCGACGUAAAGGGCCCCUGCUAUCACGAUCCCCUUCAGCUGCCAAAUCCGGAGCAGAAUUCCACUUACGAGAGCCUGAACGCUCGGGGCUGUCUCGUCGCUGUGAAGACCGUGUUAAACGGGACGCUCUAUUCCACCGCGGUGCUGAUCGCGUUUCUGUUUGUGUUGCAGGUGUUGGUGAGCGUGUUGUCGAGGUUCGACUUCACUGCUGCGAGAAACGCUGUGGCGCUGGGCGAUCGGUGGGCAGCGUCGCCCGGUUGGCUGUUCGGCCGCCUGGAUUUCGGCUUAGCCAGUGGACCUAAUCUCUGCCAGAUCGAUCGGAAAAACAGCGGUCGAGGCGAUUCGAUGAUCGAUUUGCGCCCGCUUGUGUAUUCCAGCGAUUCCGACUGA